AUGGCUCAAGACUUGCCACGGGUUACCGCGCUGAGUUCAAACUUACUUGCAGUUGAAGAACGUCCGAUUCAUAACGACUUUGACGAUGAAGGUCCAGGCUACCUGUCAGUUCAUGGUCCGCGGCACGACAACGAUCAUCUCAAUUUUCAGGAUGUUCAAAUUCUUCCCACAACUGAUGAGAUCCUUGCCGUUCGUCGCCCUCCCUACAUACCUAAGAAAGACAUUCGCGAACCAAAUCACCUUGAACCUGGGCCUCAGAGGCUUCUUGAUACGCUUUUCCGGCAUCUCAGAUUCGACAGCGUGGAAGGAAUCCGUGACAUCAGCUAUCAUGCGGCGCAACAGCUUUUAAAGCAGACUCUAGGAACGACCAACGACUACGAACCACAGCAAGAGACGAAAUCCGGCAACCGAUAUUUUCUAUACGUGGAUGUCAGGUUUGAAGAGCUUUUGUCCGACGAAAAGAGAGGUGUAAUACUGCGUUUGAGCUACCUGUGUCCACAUUUCAUGCGGGGACGGGGCAUGAUUCGAUCAGGCCGUUUAGAACAAGGAAUGCUUUGUGCUCUUGUCUGUCUAGAGGAAGAUGGAAGAAGUCUUUCAGUCACAUUUUUUGAAGUACACAUGACUCAGAGCACGGAUUCUAUGAAAGCGAGAAAUGGAAAAGGCGUCCGAGCCGCCAUUCAGCUUGCAUUCACAACACCAGCAAAAUCAGACAAUGUUCGGCGAGUCCUGCGCUACGCUCAAGGUCUAUCUUCAGGACAGUAUGUGCUGGUUGAAUUUCCCAAAUUGCUUUACGCUGGCUUCUAUCACUGCCUCCAUACAUUACAGCAAAUCCGGAGCACAGAUAUAGCAUUCACGAAAUACAUUGCCCCCCGAAAUGCCUCCUUUGCUGUAGCCAACUCGGUCAAUGUCGGUCUGCUGCCAGCAAUGAAUGUCGUACCCCCAGCCUACUGCACCACUGCUGAAUUUCGGUUCAACUUGGGGUGUCUGGCGCAGAACAAUGCAAGCUUUUCUCUUGCAGAGCUUCGGGAUGCACCCAUGGAGUUCAUAACCUUUCUCAAGCGGGAAACGACACUGGAUGAUGGACAAGCAGUGGCACUUCAUGACUGUCUGACACGCGAGAUUGCUUUCACGCAAGGCCCUCCUGGUACGGGCAAGACCUUUCUUGGCGUUGCCUUGAGCAGAGUCCUCCUCGCGUCUAGGUCAACCACAAAACCGAAGCCACUCCUUGUCGUGUGCUUGACCAAUCAUGCACUUGACAGCUUCCUCGCCGGGCUUCUCGCAGCCGGUGUAACGAAGAUUGUUCGCAUUGGUAGGGGUAGCAAGGAGGAAUGGAUCAGGAAAUUUGAGCUUCGUGCGCUCAGCAGAAAUACGAGGUUGGCACAAGACGUGUGGGAUAUGAAGGGCGUGGCCAUCCGGAAUGCACAGACCUUGUACACACAGCUCGAAGCAGGAUGUAAGGGUCUCAACGCCGCAUACGCCAGUGGCUCACUUAGUUGGCCUACCGUGGAGGCCUAUCUACGAUCUACACAUCACGAGAUCUACGAUCAGCUCACCACUUCAAAUGACAACCCAUAUGCACGGUCGUUCGCAUUUGAUUACUGGGCAGGCGGUGGAGAUCUGCGUAAUCUACGAGAGUUGCGAACCGAGCUAGAAACCUGCCUUCUAGGUAGUACCGCCAGCGAGGGCUCGUCAAUCUCCACAGAAGGCCUCGACAGAGCGCUAGAACAGAUCAUGCUCCAUGCCCAGUACCAGAGUGCACGAGCUGAACAGAAUAAUAUCUGGAGGCUCACUCUCGAAGAGAGGCAGCAGAUGCUUCGACGCUGGAAAGCUGCUAUAGACAGGGAAGAGCUGAUGGCACAAUUUGCUACGCUUCACACGGAGCAUCAGUCCGCAGAACAGGCUGUUCGAAAGAGUUGGCAGAAAAGAGACUCAAAGUGCCUACUCGAGCAAGAUGUGAUUGGACUCACUACCACGGCUUGUGCUUCAAACUGGGAAAUGCUGAAGGCGCUGAAUCUUGAAAUCGUUAUCUGCGAAGAGGCUGGGGAAGUGAUGGAAGCGCAUACUCUAUGCUCACUAUUCCCAUCCGUUCAGCAUGCAAUCUUUAUUGGCGACCCUCAGCAGUUAAGACCCGAGGUCAACGAGCAGAAAAUGUCUCUGGAGACCGCCAUCGGCUCCCAAUAUCGUCUUGACGAGUCGCUCUUUGAACGCAGCAUGAUUCCGACGGAUCCAUCUUCCAGCCCUAUGCCUACGUCGCAACUUAAUAUUCAGCGACGUAUGCAUCCGGAUAUCGCUGACUUGACUCGGCUUGUCUAUCCCUAUCUACAAGAUCAUCCUAACACCACUACGCAUCCUUCGACGAACGGGAUUGCAGAGCGAAUGUUUUGGGUCGAUCACCGCAUGCCUGAAGCUGAACCCAGUGCUGCGUCUAAGUCUUACACCAACCCUUACGAGGUUGCCAUGGUCACUGGGAUGGUCCAGUAUCUACUACGGCUCAAUGCAUACUCCCUAGGUGAAAUUGCUAUACUUACGCCUUACAAUGGUCAAUUGGCUGCCUUGCACGACUCCUUGAAGAUGACGUGUUCUGUUUGGCUGAGCGAGAAGGAUCGGAAGGGCUUGCUUGAUGAGGGAUUGCUGCCGGAGUCAGGGGACGACGCACCGCGGUCGAAGGAUGAGCUGAGCAUGGGUGACCUGCUUCGAAUUGCAACAGUGGACAAUUUUCAAGGUGAAGAGGCCAAGGUCGUGAUUCUAAGCACUGUACGAAGUGGUGAACGACCAGGCUUUCUCAAGACGAUGAAUAGAAUCAAUGUGGCAUGCAGCAGGGCAAGAGACGGAUUUUACAUUAUCGGGAACUCUGCCACCCUCGGACAAGUACCAAUGUGGCAGCAAAUCAUCGACAUCUUUGCUGCUCGUGUGAUGUCUAUACACCACAAGAUUUUGACCAAGUCCAGGAUUGUAGCAUUCAAUGCGGAGAGGUCCGAGCUUGCGGUCAUGUCUGUCAAGAACCCUGUCAUCCGCCAGAUCUUCAUGAGAGACUUCCAUGCAAGAGUUCUUGUGAGACGAUUCAUCCAUGUGGCCAUCAGUGCCAGAAACUCUGUUCGGAACCUUGUGGCCCGUGCAAAUAUCCGAUCAAGCAACAAGUCCUAUCUUGUGGUCACGCUGUUGAAAUGCUCUGCUCGGGAGGCAUUCCGACCUGCAUGGAGAUAA